GGGUACUUAUUAACGGAACAGACGGGGGACCCAGGCUGGCUUAGUUGAACUUACUUCAGCAGGACAUCUGCAGGCUACGCUUUGGAGUCGCUGCUAUCGGUCUCUCUGUGGUUUGACUCCCUCUGAUCACCAGCAUCAUGCCUACUGACGCGCAGACUGACGCACGCUCCUUCCUGAGUGAGGAGAUGAUUGCGGAGUUCAAAGCUGCCUUCGACAUGUUUGACACCGACGGUGGCGGUGACAUCAGCACCAAGGAGUUGGGCACUGUGAUGAGGAUGCUGGGCCAGAACCCCACAAGAGAGGAGUUGGAUGCCAUCAUUGAGGAGGUGGACGAGGAUGGCAGCGGCACCAUCGACUUUGAGGAGUUCUUGGUCAUGAUGGUGCAACAGCUCAAAGAGGACCAGGCCGGAAAGAGCGAAGAAGAGUUGGCAGAAUUCUUCAGAGUGUUUGACAAGAAUGGCGAUGGCUUCAUCGACCGCGAGGAGUUCGGGGAGAUCCUGCGCUCUUCAGGAGAGCCCGUGUCGGAGGAGGAGAUCGACGAGCUGAUGGCAGAUGGUGACAAAAACAACGACGGCAAGAUCGACUUUGAUGAAUGGCUGAAAAUGAUGGAGAACAUUCAGUAGAACAGAGAACAUUCCUCUCCGAUGCCCUCUGCUGGUGAAGACAGGAACAGCAAACAGCACUUGUAGACCGCAGUAUUGGGACAGAAGAGCAGAGGCACUGGGAAAGCCCAGGGGACAGAAUGGCCUCCUGCUGCUACUGCUUUUGGGAAGGAGUAUAAAUAUCUCCCCCAGCCUUCUGCAAGGAACCCCCACCCCCAGCUGUCUUCCUCUACACCUGUUGCUGCUCAAGAAACUUGCUAAUUUCACCCUCUUUGCCCCUCCACACAGACAGACAGACACACACACACACACAUACACACACAAACACACAAACUCGCAACCUCUCCAAUAAGCCGUGUACAGAAUGCCUUCCAAAAUAAACCAGUUUCUAGCUUUGCCUCAGA